AUGGGCGACUACGUCUUCUUCGUGGGGCAAAUGUGCACCCUUGCGUACGUCGUCGUGUACUCCGCGAUCCUCGCCGUCCGCACCCGCGCCGGCAUCGUCACGCCCGCCAUGCUGGCGUACCCGCGCAGGACGCUCUGGGCGAUCGGCGCGAUCGACUCGGUCGGGCUCGUGCUCGGCCUCAUCGGCGCCUCGUCCCUCCCCGGGAUCGUCCUGCCCAUGAUCGGCCAAACGAUCCUGGUCUGGCAGGUCCUCUUGACCCCCCCCCUCCUCGGCCGCGAGCUCCACCCGCUGCAGCUCCUCGGCGUCGCGUUCGUCGUCAGCGGCGUCAUCACCGCCGCGUGGCCCAACCCGGACGCCCUCGCGGCCUCCGCGGUGAGCAACAUCGACCUGCGCGCCGCCGCCAUCUUCGCCGCGUCGAUGCUGCCCCCCGCGGUGUCGUCGAUCCUCAAGGAACGAUACUUCCUCGAGUCCGAGAAGGCCAUCGGACAGAAGAUCGACGUGUCCGUCGUCAACACCUUCGGCAGCAUCGCGCAGGCCGUCGCCGUCGUGCUCUUGCUGCCGUGGAUCACACACAUGCGCGGGAUUUCGCUGGCGCGGCUGCCAGAGUACCUCGCGUCCGGCGCCGCGUGCCUCGUCGGCCAGGCGCCCGCGCACCUCCGCGGCAGGGCUGCGCUGGCGGCGGCGGCCAAGUGCGCGCCCGCGGCGGUCGCGACGGCCACGUACGUCGCGUGCAACCUGUGCUUCAACCUCAGCAUUCUGGGGCUCCUGCGGAACUCGGGCGCGCUCAUCGCGUCCCUUUGCAUGGCGUGCGUGCUCCCGCUGACGAUGAUCGCCUUCUCGUUCGACGUCCCGCUGCUGGGCCCGACCGGCGCCGUCGGCCCGACGUUCGUCGCCGGCGCCGGCACGCUCCUCGCCGGCGUCGUCACCUACAACAUCCCGAAGUGGCGCUCCCUGCUGUCGCCGCUGCGCGCCCCGAACCGGCGCCUCGGCAAGGGCGGCUGCGGGAGCGGCCGCGAGGUCGUCCUGCAGGCCUUCAACUGGGAGUCGUGCAACACCGGCGGCACGUGGUACAACACCGUCAGGGAAAAGAUCCCCGAGAUCGCCGCGCUGGGCGUCACCGCGGUGUGGCUCCCGCCGCCCACGGAGAGCGUGUCGCCGCAGGGGUACCUCCCGCGGGACCUGUACGUCCUCGACAGCGCGUACGGCACCGAGAAGGAGCUGCGCGCGCUGCUGCGCGACCUCCGCCGACGCGGCAUCGCCCCCAUCGCCGACGUGGUGAUCAACCACCGCUGCGCGCACCGGCAGGACGAGCACGGCGUGUGGAACACGUACGGCGGCCGCAUCCCGUGGGGCCCCGAGCAGAUAUGCAGCAACAACCAGCGGUGGCGCGGGUCCGGCGCACCCAAGGCGCAGCCGGACUACGAGGCGGCGCCCAACAUCGACCACUCGCAGGAGCGCGUGCGGAAGGACCUGCGGGAGUGGCUGCUGCACAUGCGCGCGGUGGGGUUCGACGGGUGGCGGUUCGACUUCGCCAAGGGGUUCGCGGGGGAGUACACGGAGGAGUAUUGCCGGGCCACGCUGCCCGUGAUGGCGUUCGGGGAGCACUGGGACGACAUGGCGUACACGGGGUCGGACCCGCACUACGACCAGGACGCGCACAGACAGAAAUCCGAGGACUGGUGUGCGUCGACGGGGUACUGGUCGUCGGCGUUCGACUUCACGACGAAGGGCGUGCUGCAGGAGGCGAUCAACCGGAGCCAGUACUGGCGCCUGAGGGACGUGCAUGGCAGGCCCCCGGGGCUCCUCGGCCUGGCGCCCCGCAGCGCGAUCACGUUCAUCGACAACCACGACACGGGCUCCACGCUGCAGCACUGGCCGUUCCCGUGGCAGGAGGUCCUCCAGGGCUAUGCCUACACUCUGACGCACCCGGGCACGCCGUGCGUGUUCUGGGACCACCUGUACGAGUCGCCCGUCGAGUACCGGAAGGCGAUCCAGGACCUGCUCCGCAUCCGCAAGAGCAACGACAUUCACGCGUCGUCCGAGGUGCGGAUCCUCGAGGCGGACCACCACGUGUACGCCGCGUGCGCCGACGGCCGCGUGGUGGUCAAGAUCGGGCACGGGUCGUGGAGCCCCAACGCAGCGGAAGUCAAGGGCGGACCCUGGAGCGUCGCGUGCUCUGGACACAACUUCGCGGUCUGGGAGCGCGCCCGCUGA